AUGGGUAAAGCACAGAGCAAGCUUACGACAGAACAACUCGUUGAUUUACAGAAACAUACUUAUUUUGACAAGAAAGAACUCCAGCAAUGGUACAAAGGCUUUCUCAAAGACUGUCCAUCAGGCCAACUUGACAAGACCGAGUUCCAAAAGAUCUACAAACAAUUCUUCCCUUUUGGUGAUCCCUCUGGCUUUGCCAAUUAUGUGUUUGACGUAUUUGAUGAUAAUAAGAACGGUGUCAUUGAUUUCAGAGAAUUCAUCUGCGCCUUGUCCGUUACGAGUCGUGGACGGAUAGAUGAGAAGCUCCUCUGGGCUUUUCAGCUGUAUGAUAUAGACAAUGAUGGACGUAUAGCUCGUGACGAGAUGCUUCGUAUUGUGGAAGCCAUUUACAAGAUGGUUGGUAGCAUGGUAAAAUUGCCUGAGGACGAGGAUACUCCCGAGAAACGAGUUCAAAAGAUCUUUGACUUGAUGGAUUUGGCAAAUGGUGCUUUAACAAUGGCAGAGUUCAAGGAAGGAUCAAAGAAGGACCCUACAAUUGUACAAGCCCUCAGUUUAUAUGAUGGUCUUGUUUAA